AUGACCCCUUCUCUGCCUGGACCCCCUAGCAAUCGUGGAUGCACCCCUCUAAAUGAUGGCGAGAUGAGCCGAGCGCGAUGGCAAACCCGCCGAUGUCAGGAGGAGGAUGGCGAGGCAGCCGCUCCUGUGUCGCCAUGGCAGCUCAUGAACACUGGGAGGCCUCCUAAGGAAGCUUUCGAGAUCCCUCCACUGGGGGAGGAGACCCUGCUGUAUGAGAAGGGGACGGACAUCAGCGAGAGUCAGUUCUGGAGUGUGAUAGACAGCUGGAUCAAAUCCCCAGAGCACAUUCUCAAGUCCAUCUGGAAGGCUGAGGGAGUGAAUAUAGACGAUCUGCCCGAGGAAGAGCGAGAACGAGCUACUCAUUUCAAGCCCCGACUGGAAGAUUUGCCAUUUAAUGAGGAAUCGCACUCUGCAAGUAGUUGUGAUGGACCAGACGUUGUCCAACGCUACGAGGAUGCAAGGGGAGAAGGUUGCGAUGCUUGGCUGCCUAGCUUGCAGCCUAUUGUUAAAACACGUGUUUGGGCUCAACUGUUCCAAUCAGGAAUCCUGAGAGCAAAACUGGAGGUUGAGAAAGAAUGUAGCAAUGCAGAAAAGUUCUCGACAGCGGAGCAGAAUGCAGAAACCCUUGAUUCAAGUUCUGAACCAGUCAGGCACACGUUGCGGAGGUUGCACAGAAAGGACGUCAUUGCUGCUCCAUAUCUUGAUGAAUGGUGCACCAUAUUCAAAGAUGCGAGAAAGGUUUGGUUCACUCCAGUAUUGCCGGAUCCCUCAAACUGGAAGAGACCGAUCAUGUCCUACUUGCCUUACAACUAUCCAAAGUCUCUCAGGUACAGCUUUCAGUUCCUCCCUGCCGGUGCUCCUGGGGUUGAAGCUAAGUUGAGGAUGUUCGCCAACCUCUUCGAUAUUCGUAGUGUUAUCUUCAUGGAGAGCACUGCUGCAAGGUUGCUGGACAAGUUGCAGAAGUGGGGCUGUUGCAUCAAAAACGGAGUCACAAGUUAUGAGAAGCGAGUACAGCUGGAUGUUCUGGUGGAUCAGCAGGAAUUUCGCUUGGAGUACCAGAGAAUGAAGAACCUCUACAAGCACUGGGCAAAAGACUGGCCGGAGAGAACCGAUCCUCAGAAGUUUGUUUUCGAGGAAACUGGCAUAGCAGCUUACCUUGUAGCCCUAUGGAAGAGCAAGAAGUUUGAGUCAGCGACGAGUGACUAUGAAAAGAAGAUUUCCUUUGUGGAUCUUGGCUGCGGCAACGGAUUCUUGACUCACGUUCUGACCAUGGAGGGGUUUGAAGGAAAGGGCAUCGACAAGCAGCAGAGAAAGAUCUGGGACUUAUAUGGUGAAGAGACGAGGUCAAGGCUAGUUAUUGAAGACAUCGACCCCGAAACUUGCUGCUAUCCAGGGGUUGAUUGGGUGAUUGGAAAUCACUCGGACGAGCUGACGCCCUGGCUUCCAUCCAUCGCAAGGAGAUGCGGGCCGACCACGAGAUACUUUGUGAUCCCCUGCUGCUUCUGGGACUUCCAGGGCAAGUUCAACCGUCGGGUUCCGCAGGAGUCCAGGUACACGACCUACUUGAAGUUUGUGGAGAAGUGCGGCACCGAGGAAGGGUUCCAAGUCCUCUCCGAUACAUUGAGGAUCCCUUCCACCAAGAAUGUGGCUCAUGUUGGUUGCCGGCCGUUGGAUGACGGAGGAACUCGAAAGUCUGUCGAUUGA